AAGCAGGAGGCAAACACAUUAACUGGCACAGCUGCAGCACUGCAAUGGAGAAUCCACAAAGAUGGACAGAUGACGAGCCGAAAAUAUCAUUUCUACCAAAGAUGUCUCAAGUUUUCUUCACUGGUGGAUAUUCUCAGUCUCGCUAUAAAAUAUUUGGACGAGGUGGAGAUGGAUCUAAUCGACUGGUUUUACUCUGUCUGGGCCUGCUGAACGUUUUUCUUCUGAUAGUUGCUGUUGUUAUUGGGAUUAACUGUGCCAAAGUCAAAGAGGGUUCCCUCCAUGUUUCUCACUCAAAUGUAACACCGCUCAUCAAUGAGCUGGACUACCUCCGUAAAAAUCACAGUGAUGUGAUCAAAGCUGUAGAAGAGGCCAAGAACGAGUUAGACCGAGCUCUCAAAAACCACACGCAACUAAAGGAGAAAAUUGAGCAGCAGAAGACUAUCAAUGACAAUUAUCAGAAACAGAUUGAGGAGUUGCAAACAGAGAAGACAAAUCUGAAGUCCAAUGUAUCAGCUUUGGAGGCAAACUGUGGCAGAUGUCCCCCCAGAUGGAUUCUUCUCAACUCAUCCUGCUAUUUCUUUUCUUACACUGAAUCCCGUACUGCCAGAAAGAACUGGCAAGAUAGCAGAGCAAACUGUAUUACACGUGGAGCUGACCUGGUUGUGAUCGAUAACAAGGAAGAACAGAAAUUUGUGAGUGACACCAUUGAAAAUAUGAAAGUAAGUUCUAUCGAAUGGGAGAAUGGAUUCUGGGUUGGUCUCAGGGACACACAGAGAGAGGGGACAUGGGUCUGGAUUAAUAACGUCACAGAGGUGGAACAAAGGUACUGGGAUGAUGGAGAACCAAAUAAUGCUGGACACCAUGGAGAAGACUGUGUUGUUGUGUAUUAUAAACCCAAAAAUCCCUGGAAGACCCGCAACGAUGUCAACUGCCAAACGGCUGCGAGACAAUGGAUAUGUGAAAUGACAUCAAGCUAAAAUCAGGAUACUGCUCAAGCAGAAAACACAAGCAUAUGUUUGUAACAAAAAAUGAAUAAAAUACAUUU